UCAUCGCUGACGUAAGAGGAGCUGCGCUGGUGAGAGAAGCGCAGGGCAGACUGGCGAAGUCCCGCUGCCCACAUUCGUCCCAAAUGGCUCGGAGGCAGGACGAGUCGCGAGCGAGCGCGCCCUUGAUGGCGGAGGGCAAGGCCGACUCGGAGGUUAAGCUCAUUCUGUACCACUGGACGCAUUCCUUCAGCUCUCAAAAGGUGCGCUUGGUAAUUGCAGAAAAGGCAUUGAAGUGCGAGGAACAUGAUGUAAGUCUGCCCCUGAGUGAGCACAAUGAGCCUUGGUUUAUGCGUUUGAACUCAACUGGAGAAGUACCUGUCCUUAUCCACGGGGAAAACAUAAUUUGUGAGGCCACUCAGAUCAUUGAUUAUCUUGAACAGACUUUCCUGGAUGAAAGAACACCCAGGUUAAUGCCAGAUAAGGAAAGCAUGUAUUACCCACGGGUGCAGCAUUACCGAGAGCUUCUUGACUCCUUGCCAAUGGAUGCCUAUACACAUGGCUGCAUUUUACAUCCUGAGCUAACUGUGGACUCCAUGAUCCCAGCUUAUGCAACCACAAGGAUUCGCAGCCAAAUUGGUAACACAGAGUCGGAAUUGAAGAAACUUGCUGAGGAAAACCCUGAUUUACAAGAGGCAUAUAUUGCCAAACAGAAGAGGCUUAAAUCAAAGCUGCUUGAUCAUGACAAUGUGAAAUAUUUGAAGAAAAUUCUUGAUGAGUUGGAGAAGGUCUUGGAUCAGGUUGAAACUGAGUUGCAAAGAAGAAAUGAAGAAACCCCAGAAGAGGGCCGCCAGCCUUGGCUCUGUGGAGAAUCUUUCACCCUGGCAGAUGUCUCGCUUGCUGUCACAUUGCAUCGACUGAAGUUCCUAGGGUUUGCGAGGAGGAAUUGGGGAAAUGGAAAGCGACCAAACUUGGAAACCUAUUAUGAGCGUGUCUUGAAGCGAAAAACAUUUAACAAGGUUUUAGGACAUGUCAACAAUAUAUUAAUCUCUGCGGUGCUGCCAACAGCAUUCCGGGUGGCCAAGAAAAGGGCCCCAAAAGUUCUUGGCACCACCCUUGCAAUUGGUUUGCUUGCGGGAAUGGGAUAUUUUGCCUUUAUGCUUUUUAGAAAGAGACUUGGCAGCAUGAUAUUAGCACUUAGACCCAGACCAAAUUAUUUCUAGGCUUGUCGGGAUCUGGUGGUGGCAACUCAUGCACCCAUUCAGCUAGACCCUUGUCCACUCUCCUGGACCCAGUGAAGAAUUAUCCUGGACAACUAGUAAAAAACAUAAUUCACUUUACUCUUUGAAUAGUUUGUAUUGGGGAGAGAUAGUUAUGAAAAUGUUUUUGUAGGCUGAUAAGUGAGAUGACUUCUUUGCAAACUUGAACUAAUGUAUUCUUAAAACAUGUGCAAGGUCAAGAUAUGCAAAUACUGAUAGAGUCUAGACCUUUAACUCAAUAUUGUCAGUUCAAGGUCUAACUUACUUUCUUUUGUUUUUCAUUAAGUUUAUUGGUACUUUUUAGGUAUACAGUACAGUUACAUU